GCAUUAUUUACAUAUUGUCUUAUUGACUGUGUUAAAUACACAUUCUCAAAUUAUUUUUAACAGCUUUUUAAUUAAACAGAACUACUGUUCUUUUACCAUCAAAUUGGUUGCUUUCUCCUGCAGUUAUGUUCAUUCUCUUCUAUUUGCAUGCGGAUUUAAAUGGUCAGUGAGGGCUGUUUUGUUGUAGUUGUUUCAUGUAGUACAUUGUGAACUUUUUUACUGGAAGAAAUUAUCAAAAAGUCAUUUGGUACCAACAGAGCAAUUGUUUUGUCUGCACAAACCAAAUGAGAGGCUAAGAGUUUUGGGGGUUAUGGAUUUGCUGACUCCAGUGUUGACGGAGCAUAGAUUCUUUGAAGCAAAGGGUAUCAGGAGUUUUACAAACAGAUCUUCUUUGAUGUCCGUAAAAUUGAGAGCCCUUGUAAAAGUUUCAUGUUGUAUGUUGUGCCUAAGGUCUCUUAUUCACCACAUCCAUUCUAAUUUACACUUUUACUUACUAUUUGCCUUCUGGUUCCCAUUGUUUAAUACUGUUUUAGAUGCUAUAGCAUUCAGUUUUUGCUUUGAAAGUGAGGAUGACAAGUGCUUUGCUUGUUACAGGUACUUAAUAUAAAUUGUCACUUUUUCAAAAUAGCCACACAUCUUGCUGUUUUCUGUGGGUGUUUUUGUACCUGUUCUAUGUACCUGUUCCAUUUCUCUGUCUUGCUGUUUGCUGGUGACUUGUGAAUGUUGUCCAGCCAUGGCUGGGCAUGCGUACACUUGUCCUUAUGCCCUGUUUCCUUUUAUAUUUUCCUUUUGUUGUUUAACUGGCAGUUGCAGCCUUACUGUUGGUUUCAGUUACCAGUGGUGGUCUUUGUUGAUUUGUGUAUGUGUAUACAUGUGCGUGUGUGUGUAUGUGACUACUUCCUUGUAGAAACAGCUGGGCUGAGGUUUCUUCUGUCUUCCUUACCUGACUCUUAUACCUUAACGGUGGAAGGUUGUAAUCGUAGUGGUUUGUCACAGAUCUGAUGGCUUUCAUGAAUCCCUCUCUGUUUUAACAAUAGUCAAAAACAACGUAAGCCGCAGAACAGUAUGUUGGCUAAUAAGGAAGGGACUCUGGAGAAGUGGAGCCAAGUGGCACAAAGGGUUUCCUUCCAGACUGAAUCAAAGUACAGGGCCUAGAGCAUGUAGUUAGUUGAAUGACUGGGAUUGUGUGAAUAUGGAGAGAAGGCUAAACGAAUCAGAAAGCAAGUGUGCAAAUGUGCUUGAUGCUGUAAGAUGGCAAAGUCUCUGCUUCCUUUGAGAAUUACUGGGAAAACAAAGUUGAAUUCCUACACAAUGAAUAUGCCUCCUGUUUAUAAAUAAAGAUUUUCAAAAGGAGAUGAUGGAAGAGUAUUUACCAGAAAUGCAAAGCACCCUGGAGAAUGUCAAUCUGUUGGACAAUGCCUCUUCCAGCUCCCCAGAUAACAAGAAGCCUGAUAAAACACCUGAAAUGAAGGACUGCUCAAACAUCUGUUGUACUGGAGAUGAUGCUAAUACCUUGGAAAGGGAAUCUAAAUUGUUCCCCUUGAACAAUGAUUCAACAGCAAUUGACACAAGCAGCGAUGGGACCCUGGCAGAAAGACAGGAGCAGCAUUGUAUGCCUGAUCCUGGUGGAGGUGGGGACUGCUGUGCCAAUACUUGCUUUGAAAGACAGGUAGAAGGCCCCAUGAAAACAGGGCAUUUCCCUAGUGGAGAAUCUGAGCAACAAGAUCCAAAAUCUAAUCAGACAGAACAAUCCCUAAUGGAAAUAUUACAGGAGCUAAGGGAAGAGUCUAACUUUAUGAAAAAGCCUAUCAAUAAAAUCUAUUCAGAAAGCCCUUAUGACACAGACUGUACAAAGAAGCUUAUUUCCACAAUACAUCAGACUUCCUCACAGGAGGAUUUGCUAGAGGAAAUAGAAUCUGAACUUUUAUCUACAGACUUUUCAAAAGAACGCAAAUUCCCAAAUGGUGUGAGAAAGGGUGAACAUGCCUUGGCUGUGUUUGAAAAGUGCGUGCAAGAUAAAUACUUGGAGCAGGAGCAAACUAUAAAGACAUUGAUUAAAGAAAAUAAAAAACAUCAGGAACUGAUUUUGGAAAUCUGCUCUGAAAAGGACAACUUAAAAGAUGAAUUGAAAAAACGAACAGAAACGGAAAAGCAGCACCUCAACAUUAUUAAACAGCUAGAAGCAAGAAUAGAAGAGCUUAAUAAAGAAGUGAAAACUAGUAAAGACAAACUUUUAACCCAAGAUGCAGCAGCCAAAAAUGCUAUUCAGCAGUUGCAUAAAGAGAUGGCAUUUCGAAUGGACCAGGCAAACAAGAAAUGUGAAGAAGCACGCCAUGAAAAGGAAACAAUGGUGAUGAAAUAUGUUCGAGGGGAGAAGGAAUCACUUGACCUCCGAAAGGAAAAGGAGAUACUUGAGAGAAGGAUGAGAGAUGCAAACAAAGAAAUUGAAAAGCAUACUAAUAAAAUCAAACAGCUUUCUCAGGAAAAAGGAAGAUUGCACCAGCUCUAUGAAACCAAGGAUGGCGAAGCCACUCGACUGAACAGAGAAAUAGAAAAAAUGAAAGAAGAAAUCAAUUCUCAUGUUAUCAAAGUAAAAUGGGCUCAGAACAAAUUGAAAACAGAAAUGGAUUCACACAAGGAAACCAAGGAUCGCCUCAAAGAUGCGACAACAAAAUUAACUCAAGCGAAAGAAGAAGCAGACCAGAUAAGGAAAAACUGUCAAGAGAUGAUAAAAACCUAUCAAGAGUCAGAAGAAAUCAAAUCAAAUGAAUUGGAUGCAAAGCUGCGAGUAACAAAAGGAGAACUAGAGAAACAGAUGCAGGAAAAGUCUGACCACCUGGAGGUGCAUCACGCAAAAAUAAAAGAACUGGAAGACCUGAAGAGAACGUUUAAAGAGGGCAUGGAUGAGCUUCGAACACUAAGAACAAAGGUAAAGUGUCUAGAGGAUGAACGUUUGAGAACAGAAGAUGAAUUAUCCAAGUAUAAAGAAAUCAUUAACAGACAGAAAACUGAAAUUCAGAAUUUGCUGGACAGAGUCAAAAUUGUAGAUUGUCUGCAGGAUCAACAUCAGAGAGACGGGCAAGAAAUAAGUGCUUUAAAGGAAGAAGUAGACUGUCUCAAUUCUCUAAUUGCUGAUCUCCAAAAGGACAUUGAAGGUAGUCGGAAAAGAGAGUCUGAGCUAUUGAUAUUCACUGAAAAAUUAACCAGUAAGAAUGCGCAGCUUCAGUCUGAAAACAAUUCCUUACAGAGCCAGUUGGAUAAGCUCUCUUACAGCGAAAGAGAGCUACAGAAUCAGCUGGAAUGUGUUCGACAGACUAGAGAUGAUCUGGCCACCAAGUUGCAGAAGGAGGAAGACCUACGAAAGCUAGAGGUUGAGACACUACAGGCUCAGCUGGCUUCAGAGCAGAAGGAACUAGCAGCAAGGAAGAUCCACGUGGAUGAACUGAGAGAUGAACUAGCUACCCAGAAGCGCAAAAACGCAGCAAACCUGAAAGAUCUCACCAAACAACUUCAGCUAGCACGGAGGAAAUUGGAUCAGAUGGAAAAUGGUAAUUAUGACAAAGAAGUCAGCAGCAUGGGGAGCCGUUCCAGUUCAUCAGGUUCCCUUAAUGCUCGCAGCAGCAACGAGGAUCGGUCGCCUGAGAAUACUGGAUCUUCAGUACCUGUGGAUAGCUUCCCAGAAGUGGACAAGUCUGUCUUGAUUGAAAGAAUAGUAAGACUACAGAAGGCACAUGCUCGAAAAAAUGAAAAGAUGGAGUUCAUGGAGGAUCACAUUAAACAACUAGUGGAGGAAAUCAGGAAAAAAACUAAAAUUAUUCAGAGUUACAUUUUGCGGGAAGAAGCUGGAACACUUUCCUCAGAGGCCUCUGACUUCAACAAAGUACAUUUGAGUAGGCGGGGUGGGAUUAUGGCAUCUCUGUAUACAUCUCAUCCUGCAGAUAGUGGUCUCACAUUAGAACUCUCCUUGGAGAUAAACAGGAAGCUGCAGGCUGUGUUAGAAGAUACCUUACUGAAGAAUAUUACACUGAAAGAAAACCUUCAGACUCUAGGAACAGAAAUAGAACGGCUUACUAACCACCAGCAUGAACUGGAAAGAAGAAUGAAGCCAACAUAACUAAAACUCUUACAGAAUAACCAACACAAAGAUGUAGAAAAGGCAGGUGCUACAGACCAUUGCUUUUUUACAGUUUUCCUGAAAUAUGGUUACCUGCUAGCACAAGCAUCCAGUACUUUACAUAUACAGCCUUUAACUAUACAGGCUGUUCUUCAUGUGAGAAAAGGUCUACAGGGUUUGGCAUCAGUGUGGUUCCGUCUACCCAAUACCAGCCUGAGAUGUUGCUGAAUUUUACUACACACUACACUGAGAUAAAAAACUUUGUUUGAAAUGACAUACAGACGAUUUGCAGUGUAUACUGUGUUUUGAGUGAGUUGCAAUGAGAUUUUAAUUUCUGCACUGUAUAAUUAAUCACUUUUUUAAUGAUGGAGCUUGGAAAAAUAAAGCUGAUUAUUUUUUAGUUGCUGUUGAACAUAUCCAGUGUUACUGAGCUUUUAAGGGCUUUCAGACAUUACUUCCUCCCUUGCAUAUUUCUGGUAUUUAGGUUGAUUAAGCGUUUUUGACAUGUGCAUGGAAAAAUGCUUUAUCACAAAAUUUGUUUUUUAAGUGAUAGCCAUGGUAUUGCAUAUUUUCUACUUUAGGUUAAUAUUCAACUUGGUGUUUCCUUAUUUAAAAGAAGUGAAACAACAUUAAAAAUAAGGGAUUAAGAAACUUGCUGGUUCAGUUGUUGCAUAUGUGUGAUUGAAACAAGCGUCAAUUCAACAAAUCCUAUAAACCCCUGAUCUUUUACAUAUAUGAUUCUAAAAAAUUCUGAUCUCAGGUAAUUGGUUAUUGAAGUUCUCUGCUUUCUAAAUAAUGAAUAACAUUUAAAAAGUAGGCGUUAAAAUUGCCCACUAUUACAUGCGUAGAGAGAGACCACCUGAUUCAAUCUGUUUUCAGAAUUUAAGCCUGCUGAGUUUUCUCAUUUACUAUGGAUAGACCAGCCAGUGAAAGCAACCGUAAGAAAUGGGAAAUGUAUUUAAGUGGGUUUGCAGUCUAUUGGUUGGACUAUAAAAGUGGCACAGAAAUCUGUGAGACUCUUUAGUUUUCCUGUUGUGAAGGAGACUGUCAAAAUGGCAUAAACUCAGAUCUGAUUCUUAAUCCUUCAGUGACUGUGUAUGUGGUAGAGGAAGGAUAUCAAGAUGACAAGAUUCUAGUUUGUCACAAUGUUAUUUUCACAUUUUAAUUCCAGGAUAAUUUACAGGAAAUGGAAUGUCUUUAUUCCAGCAGUAAAUGCAUAGAUUUAUGUAUUUGUUGCCUUUUGAUCAAAAUUUAUUGAUCAGAGCCAGACCAGGUCCCAGUGUAAAUAUAUAUUUUGUCUUUUUAUUAAGUAUUUGCACUUCGUAUUAUCAUGAAAAAAAUAUUUAGUGUGCACUUAAAACAGUAAUGCUUCAGCUAUUUAAAUUAGAAAGGACACUUGAAAUUUUUCUUUUGUCUUAUCCCAGUUGCCAUUCACAUCAUAUAUAAGACAAGAGGCCUGAAUCCUGUAGCACGAGGGAGAAAAAUUUAUCAAAGCACCUAGACAACUUAGAGAUGUGUGUGUGUGCUCUGUCUUCAGGUGCACUGAGUCACUUGAGCAGUUUUGGGGCUUUGUAAUGAACUGAAUUGAGCAUAAGGGCCUAAUUUGGUUCUUAUGAGUAGUUUGGUGCAAGACAGUGAGACUUCCUUUUUAUUUUCAAGAUAGGCAUCUCUGAAGGUACUUGCAAGGUUAAGGCCUAGUAAGUUGUCCAGAGAGCCUCUGGAGUCUUGAAUAGCCAGUCCUUUUAGUGUAAGAGGAUAAAGUAGUUUUUUAAAAAGGAAGGAUAAAAACAAGUGAUUUAAAACCUGAUGAGCACUGUAGGAACUGUGACCCUUUAACCUGGAUGGGUUUUUAUACAUAUAUCUUUUUUUUUAAACUCCUGAGAGCACUGGUUAUACAAAGUUUUAGGGAAUUUUGACUCACCCACUCAUGGGACUCCUGCUUUGCUGUUUAAAUGACGUGGAGAGGAAAAUUUCAGGUUCUACUGAAACAGAUUUGUCACCAUCUUCCAGAAAGCUCAGAGCUCACCUUGAGCAAACAGGCAGUUGUUCCUCACUGAACUAGACCUUCUGUGGAAAAAAAGAAUUUUAGGAAGAACAAUUCGUAUGUCAAAACGUAGCUUAGCUCUUGUAUGUUUGUGUUUUCAUGCUUUAACGUAACAGCUCUCUGAAUACUUUCAGGCAUUCAGCUGAAUGACUCCAUUAUUUUAGAUGCCAUGUUAAUAUUGUAACCAUCUAUGUUCUUCAGGUGUAUAAUGUGAAUGAAGGAGAGGUGUGGUGCAGAUGGAAUAAGUGCAAUGAUAUGGUGGGAAUUUUUACUACUUUUUGGCAUGUUGUUUCUACUUUUAAGUUAUUUGAGAAACCUUGUUAGUUGUCCUCCUGCCCUGCUGAAAAUGCUGCUUCCUCUCUGUAACACGAGGUAAAUUUUCAGACUUUUUUUUCUUGGUUAUGGAGACACAAAGCAGUCCCCCCCCCCCCAAUCCACUUUUUUAUUGCAUACUGUAUCUAUGUGGACCAAGGUUUUCUUCUAGAUGCUUUAUUUUAAACAUACCUGUUAAAGAUGGAAAUGUCAUUCUAGUUUGCAUACUGGCAAAUGACUAGAGUAAGCCGAGAAGUUUAAGUACAUGACAGGGUCAGUUAGCAACUUUGCUUAGUAAUGUUACUCAUUCCUGAGAGGGAAUGCUGUAUUAUCCAUAUAAAUGUUGCUGUCAAGCCAUCUGCCUUUUUCCGUGGGCUAGCCCAUUAAGUGUCGGGAAUCUAAUAUUGUUGGUGCACGCAGCAAGGAUACUUUCUCUGAAAAGCUGUGUAAUGACGAACAGGCUACUGGGUUUCUGAGGGAUGGUUUCAUAUCACACAGGUGAACUCUGGCUGCUCUAGAGUAGAUGCAAGACUUGUGCAGCAAUCACAUUUCACUUAUUUUGGAAACUUAUCAUUGUGUUAUGAAUAUUACUGAACAUUGUCCUCAGAUAAACUGGUAUUUUGAAGACUGCCUGGAGCAGUUAGCUACAUAUGUGCCAUUGAAAUGCAGUGUCAGUUAGAUACCUAAUUGCCACAGGCUUUUUUUGGAAAUGCCAAGCUUGUAGCUGGUUGCAUCCUACAGGCAGGUGUCCUACAUCUGUUUCUUGAAUACUCAGGGUGCUCUUUUUAAUGCAAACAUCCCACAUCCUGAUGUUCUUAGAGGCCCUGCAGAAAAGCUGCCUAUGCUUUUCCACCCUCUGUAAAAUCCAGCACUGAAGUUGUCUAAAGCCAGACCUUCCUAACUGAAGGGUACCACUUCAUGCUAUAAAAAUCACUGGUUUUCUGCACAUAAACUUGUGCAAUAUUUUUAGUCUCCCAAAAGCAGUGGGGAUCAACUUAUGCUUGUCAGAGGUGUUCUCAUCUUCUUCACCUGUUGCUGGCAACAGCUGCAGUAUCUCCAACUGUUAAAACACAAGUUACUCUUUGGAAAACUCUUCAUUAAGAGAUUUGGUUCAUAACUAAAAUCAGAUCUGUGGCUCCCACUGAAUCGAGUUUAAAGCUGAGUGCUGGCAUACUAUGGAGAACUGGGAUCAAGUCCCAGUGGUCCAGAGAACAAGGCCUGAUGCAUCCUGUAGGAAUAGGCUCCUUUACUCUUUCAGCUGUCAUUGGAAACAACUGUGAUAAACGUUAACAGUAGGUGGCACUAGAAUUCACAUUUACUGUGCCUCCAAAACAACCCGAAACCUUUCAAAAGGCAAAUUGCUGAGUUAGAGGGAGGAGGGUGGUACUUAGAGCUUUUUCAAGGUGGAUGGGGUUUCCUUUACUUCCUAUUUUUGUGUUCUGACAGUGAAACUAUGUUGACUCUUCCAAUAUAUGUAUGUAUGUUGUCUGAAUAUACACAAAUGUCUAUUGAUUUAAUUUUGUAGAUACUUGUUUCUGUAUAAAAUUUUGGAAGACAUCACUAUACAUUAUGUAUAUAUUGUACUUUGAAAUAAUAAACAUACAAAUAUGUGA